GAGGGCUGGGUUGGGGCAAGGGUGGUAUUACAGGACCUUGCUGGGGAGCAGGGAGAGGCUGGAAUUUGAGUAGAACAAAAGAAGGCUCAUUGAGCUCUUGAGUCUGAUGUCUCCAUAAACCAGAGACUUGUUCUGGAAUCCCCAGGCACCCCUUCUGGCAAGAGGCUGGCAUUAAUGGGAUAGGACUAAGCAAAAACAGGAAGGUAAAAGGCACCCAGAUAAAAGGUAGGGGAGGAGGAGAAGAGAGAAGUAUCCAGGCUGAGCAGCAUGAAGGGGCCCUCACCCACAAGCAGCCUCCUUCUGCUACUGCUGCUGCUGUGCCAAGACCCUGGAGCAACACUGCUACUGUCACCCAGCAUUACCUGCUGUACUCAGCUCUACCGCCAGCCACUCUCGAACAAGCUACUGAGGAAGGUCAUCCGGGUGGAACUGCAGGAAGCUGAUGGAGACUGUCACCUCCAAGCCUUCGUGCUUCACUUGUCUCGACGCAGUGUCUGCAUCCAUCCUCAGAACCGCAGCCUGGCUCGGUGGUUUGAGCGCCAAGGGAGGAGGUUCCAGGGUACUCUGCCUAACCUAAAUUUGGAGCUGAUAGGGAAAAUGGACCAGGACCCCCAGUAGCCAAAAUAAUAAAGCAGCAUUGGACAAUA